AGACGAGCGAUGUCGUCGCACCAAAACCCUGUCCGUCCGACCUCAACCUCUCUGUACUUUGCUCGCGUCGCUUCUUGUUGUCGUCGCCGUCUUAGUCUCUCUCCGGUCGCCAAAACCCUCCCCCCCCCUCUCUCUCUCUCUCUCUCUAUCUCGCGCGCUAGGCAAUGUCUCUCUCCUCCAUUUCUGUGAGGUCCGCCGCAUUUAGCCGGAUCUCGUCCGAGCUCCUCGACGAUCGCGUGAGCCCUCGCAAUCCUUUGUCUCGCGGGUUCUGCGGCGGCGCGAAUCUCCUCGAGCUUCCGGUUCGACGGGAGAGCGAGCUCGGCGGGGAAGCGAUUGGUGUCGCGGGCGAGGAGGUCGUCGGAAUUGAGGUGCUGUAAAGAUAGGGACAUGGACGUGAGCGCUUCCGCCGUCGUGGACGGCGUCGCUGAGUGCUCGCACGAGAUUGAAGUUAAGGAGCCUGGCGUGUCGACGCUGUUGAUGAAUUUCGAGAACAAGUUCGAUCCUUACGGUGCUAUCAGCACGCCGAUAUACCAAACAGCUACGUUUAAGCAACCUUCGGCCACAGAAAAUGGUCCCUAUGAUUACACCAGGAGUGGAAAUCCCACUCGGGAUGCUCUAGAGAGCCUCCUCGCGAAGCUGGACAAAGCCGAUCGAGCAUUUUGCUUCACUAGCGGAAUGGCUGCUUUGGCUGCCGUCACUCAUCUUGUUUCAAAUGGUGAGGAAAUUGUUGCUGGAGAUGACCUUUAUGGUGGUACCGAUCGUCUGUUGUCUCAAGUAACUCCAAAAUAUGGAGUUGUGGUGAAGCGGGUAAAUACAAGUGACCUACAUGAGGUUGAGUCUGCUGUUGGUCCCUCUACCAAGCUUGUCUGGUUAGAAAGUCCCACCAAUCCACGGCAACAAAUUUCCGAUAUACGAAAAAUAGCGGAGAUAGCUCAUGCACGCGGUGCCCUUGUAUUGGUGGAUAAUAGUAUCAUGUCACCUGUAUUAUCACAACCACUGGAACUGGGAGCAGAUAUUGUCAUGCAUUCUGCCACUAAAUUCAUAUCUGGGCAUAGUGAUGUCAUGGCGGGUGUGCUUGCGGUGAAAGGGGAAAGCUUGGCAAAACAGUUAUAUUUCCUCCAAAAUGCCGAAGGUUCUGGUCUAGCUCCAUUUGACUGUUGGAUCUGCUUGCGAGGUAUUAAGACCAUGGCUUUACGGAUUGAGAAGCAACAGGAGAAUGCACAGAAAAUAGCCGAGUUUCUAUCGUCCCAUCCCCGAGUGAAGAAAGUCUAUUAUGCAGGUCUCCCUGAUCAUCCAGGGCGUGCUUUACACUACGCUCAGGCUAAGGGUGCUGGAGCUGUGCUUAGCUUUGUAACGGGGUCCGUGGCGCUGUCAAAGCAUAUUGUUGAGACCACCAAGUACUUCAGUAUAACUGUUAGUUUUGGGAGUGUGAAGUCCCUCAUCAGCAUGCCAUGCUUUAUGUCCCACGCCAGCAUACCAGCCGCGGUCCGCGAAGCUCGGGGCCUGACAGAGGAUAUCGUUCGAAUAUCCGUGGGAAUCGAGGAUGUGACUGAUCUGAUAUCUGAUUUGGACACUGCUCUUAGGACUGGACCGUCUUAGUUGCUUGCCCCAAAUUGGGAGACCUCGUAGGUGCUUUGCCCUGUCCUAGCUUCUAUCCCUAGUGUAACAACUCUGGAAAUGAUGUCAAAGUUAUGGUUCUCUGCUUCCCAGUGAUUCUUGGUUUUGCCAUUUGCUCUCUACCACAAAGAAAACUAGUUUAGCCGUGAGUACGAGAGAGGGAACAGGAUUUGUCGUAUCUAAUCUAUGGCUUCUGUUCUCAGUAUAUUUUCUUCCCAUUUACAAAGAUAGCGUUUGCCUGUUGGUGGUUUUUAACCAUUCUUUAGUGGAGCAAUGGAAGGUUUCAAGACAAUUCUUUUUAACAA